UCCAUGUUAGCCAUAGUUAGUCCUCUCUAUCUACCCUACUUUCCAUGUUUGGUUUCCAUGUUAGCAAUCUGUGUGACCCGGUUCAUACAUCCCAAUACCCGACACAGUGUGUGUUAUGGAAAUCCAAAAAAUAGAUAACUCCAUCGGCGGUGCUCCAUGCGAUAGUCCACAAUCUACAAAUUGAAGAUUUCGAUUUUAAAACUUGUUGACUUGAAUACUCCUUCAUUUACUCCCUCCCCAUCUACUACUGCCCCAUUCAACCAACAAUUGCAGAUCGGCGACGCGUUUGGUGAACACUGCAUUACGAAAAUCUUGAGUGUCUUAGUUGCUUGCGUGGUUUAUAAUUAAUCAAUUGAGAUGGGUAUAAUCCAAUUCGAAUUUCUCACUGCGUUUGUUUAUAUUCGUAUAAGGCGCAAACGAACGACCUGGGUAAAUCGAUCGCCGCGACGCCAUGGCCGACCACAAUGCUUUUCAGAAGGUGGAUGCUAAGGAACCAAUCGAGCUACUGCUUUUGCUUGAGGAAAUACUAAGAAACCAUAGGCAAAACAUGCUCCUUGUAAGCAUGAUUAUAACUCUGGCCAGAUCCAAAGCACAUAAAAGGAAACGGGGUAGAAGAGGUUUGUCCAUUCUGGCACACCAUAAAAAGACACGGGUUGUGGGCCACGAUUUCAUGUGUUCCUCUGAAAUAGUGUCUAAAUACACACAUAUGGUGCUUCGUGGGGUGCUCACUUUGCAUGAGUUGUUAUUAGUGAAACAUGAACCGGUUGGUGAUGACUGCACAGACUCAAGAUGGAAGUGGUUUAAGGGUUGUCUAGGAGCGUUAGAUGGGACUUACAUACACGUACGAGUGCCCAUUGCUGACACACCAUGCUAUCGUAAUAGAAAGGGGCAAGUAUCAACAAAUACACUUGCAGUGUGUGAUCGACAACUUCGGUUCGUUUACGUGUUGCCAAGAUGGGAAGGUUCCGCAGGUGAUUCGAGAGUAUUAUGCGAUGCAAUCAGCCGGCCUCUCGGGCUUAAAGUAUCCAAAGAUUGCUAUUACCUCUGCGACAAUGCGUAUGCCAACAGCGACAGAUUCAUCACCCCGUACAAAGGCAUUCGGUACCAUUUGAAGGAGUGAGGUGAUGGAACCCAAGCACCGCAAACAGCCGAGGAAUUAUUUAACUUGAAGCACUCUAAAGCACGGAAUGUGAUUGAGUGUUCGUUUGCAGUGCUCAAGAUGCGCUAUGGAAUACUUCGCAGCCCAAGCUUCUAUCCUAACGAGGUCCAAACGGGCUUGAUAAUUGCUUGUUUCUUGCUUCACAAUUUUAUACGCACUCACAUGGAGGUGGAUCCGUACGAGGAAUUGGUUGGAGUUGAACAUGAAGAUGGGUAUGAGGGUGAUCACGAUGAACCUGUGGUGCCCACUAUCUCUACCGUCGCGCCAACACCAAUGUGGACGAAGAAGAGGGACGACCUUGCUGCUGCAAUGUGGGCUCAGAGGACAAACGUGUGACUGAGUUGGUUGACAUCAUUCGGCCGAAACUUGUAAUACUGCAUUGAACUAUGUCAUUGCAUGCUUAUUAACACAAUGGUGUGUACUUACUGCUUAUUUGUGUGACAACUUAUCAUGUAAUGAUCAAACUUUGAAUGAUUUUUUUAGCUAAGCCUAAUAUUAAAAUAA